ACUGCUCUCCUGGCCCAAAAUGGCGAAUUGUCGUUUUUACCCAUGGAUGUAUUAAGAGAGUUUUUACCUUACAGUUACAGUUUUUACAGUACAGUAGAUGUGCUGGUAUGUAGAUUGUUGUUACAUUUGGGCAGAGCCAGGCUAACUGUUAUCCGUUACCCCCUGUUUAAGGUCUAGGUAGCUAACUAACUACAGUAUGGGGUUUAUGCUAGCUAACCUAGCUAAAGUUAAGGACGGACUUCUUGGCGGGAGUAACGUUGGUAACGCCCCGAGGUUGCUUAGCAACUGCUCUCUCGGCCUAAAAUUGUGAAUUUGCAUUUUUACAGUUCGGGUUUUGUACAGAUAAAACACAGAAGAUAAAACAUGUUAAUGAUUUAACGGUGCUGCACCAACUCCACAGAGCAGCGACAGGGAAGUGGAUGACGGACCGUUUCCGUAUCCAACUCGUCCAAACCCGGUCCAAACAACGAUCCUACCAUGGCAACCACGCGUAUCUGUGUCCUGUUUGUUGUCCUCUCUACGACAUUAGCGGAAGACAUUCAAUUAAAGUAUAAACCUUCCACCAAACCUGUCCGAUUAUUCACUGAGGAGGAGCUGAAGAGAUACGACGGCAGCGAGGAGGGACAUCCUAUCUACAUGGCAAUAAAAGGAGUUGUGUUUGAUGUCACCAAGGGAAAAGAGUUUUAUGGAAAAGAUGCACCAUACAACGCCAUGGUUGGUAAGGACUCCACUCGGGCUGUGGCUAAGAUGUCCCUGGACCCAGACGACCUGACAUCAGAUACUACUGGCCUCACUGAAGAGCAGCUGAAGUCUCUGGAUAGUAUAUUUGAAGGCACGUACAAAACAAAGUACCCCAUUGUGGGUUACACAGCAUCACGCAUCCUCACCGAGGAUGGAAGUCCCAACGAAGCCUUCAAACCAGAGGACCAGCCUCAAUUUCAAAUCAAAGAUGAGUUUUAAUCUCAUUUUACCUUUACCUGUAAAAUAUAGUUGUGAAAAGUGUUCUUA